CUCUCCUCUUCUCAUGUCGUCUUACAUCAACUCGCCCUUAGAAUGGACGUGGUUCUCACAAGUCUUUGCUACACACUGUUUGCAGUGUUCCUCAAAUCAUACAUCUAAAAUCAAUUCCUCACGACGCAGAAAGACCAACGACGAUGAAGAUAUCAAUGACUUCUCUUCACCACCAUCGAAAAUAAGGCAACUUGAGAAUGAUAUUGUCAUAGCGGUAGCAGGAACACGUAGAAUGUCUUUGGAUAAACAAUAUCAAGUAAGACUGCCUAUACCGCAGCAGAAUUGCGCAGCAAAUCUGGCAAAGCAACCGGUUGAUAGUUGGAUUCUUGCACGGCGUUGGUAUGAACCACUUGGAGUCCUGUUAGAGCCUGACUUGCCAUGUGGCCAUGUGGUUGAUCUGCAGAGCAUACCCACUCUUUCAGUAUCAUAUCGUGAUGGUGUUGUCAACGUUAUGCUUGAUGACGAUAUCCUCGCCAUGAGGGGAGAUGACCAGCAAGAUUUGACUUGGGCAGAACUGACGUCUCGAAUUCUUCCGCGCAGCACUUCCGUAUUUUCGGCUACCUCUAUUUUCCAGUCCUUAAAUCAGGUCCAGGUGGAGGCUACAAUUGUUUACGGAAAUAGCUCCACCCGCCAUCUAUCAUUUAAAUUUGAUGUUCUGCUUCAUCAAAACCUUUGUUGUGAAUCACUUGUCUGCGCAGCACCUAUCAAUACUGCGAUGCAGGACUUGGUCCAUUUUUUAUUUCCACCACCAGCUAGCCCAUCCCUUCCAUUCACCUCAGAUCCAAUCAAAGAUUUGUAUGCUCAUCUCAAACCAGACUUCACUCCAGAACCACCAUCCAGCAUACAACCUGAAUUGUUGAAUCCACAGCUGCUUCCAUUUCAAAAGCGAUCUGUCGCCUGGUGUCUCGAACGGGAAUGCUAUACUAUCAAAGCUGCAGGACAAGUAGAAUAUCGGGAACCAUCAGCUGAAGAGAAAUUGCCACUUUCUUGGGAAUGCAUACCUAUACCUGAUAGCCGCAAGAUGUAUAUUAACCGGCCGUACGGAUUGAUGUGUCUAGCAGAUUCGGACUUGGUCAGCAAGGCACCAGGGCCUAGAGGGGGGAUUUUGGCCGAGGAAAUGGGGCUAGGGAAGACAGUAGAAAUGCUUGCUUUGAUCCUUCUCAACCGUCGUAAACUAAUGAUGCCCGUGGAUCCCAAUACGACACCAGAAGAAAAAGUUGGUUCAGUGCUAGGGAACAUUCCAUCUACUAUGCAUUUAGACGACUCGUUUUCAGUACCGUCCGAUUCAGAUAUACCUUCAGAGCCAGCACUAAUAAAAAGUGCUGCAACUCUUAUAAUCACUCCGCAAUCUAUUCUUCACCAAUGGGAAAGCGAGAUUGAAUUCCAUGCUCCAUCCCUAAAAGUCUUCAUCUAUACAGAAAUCGCUCAUAAACAAAUCACUCCUACUGAACUUGCAAAAUAUGACAUCGUCCUUACAACGUACUCCGUAUUGUCCAAGGAAGUCAACUAUACCAAUCAAUAUGAUCGCCCACGUCGAUACGAACGCCUAUAUCGUCCACGGACAAGCCCUUUCAUAUCUAUUGAGUGGUGGCGUGUGUGUCUCGAUGAGGCACAAAUGAUUGAAGGGGGUGCGGUCUCGCAGGCAACAGCGAUGGCUCUCAAGAUACCUCGUGUCAUGUCCUGGGCUAUCAGUGGCACUCCUAUUCGAAGACAUGUGGAGGAUCUUCGGUCUCUUCUCGUAUUUUUGAAAGAAGAGCCUCUUGCCUCCAAUAAGCGCCUCUGGGCGUUAAUCACCAAUCGGAAUUUCCGGUCAACAUUUAUCUCGAGUUAUCGAAGAAUCAUGCAUAGAUAUGCUAAAAGAGAUGUUGUUAAAGAACUUUCACUUCCCCCUCAGACUAGGCUUGUCUAUGGUAUUCAAUUUACGGAGAUCGAGCGGACCAACUACAUUGAAAAGUGGGAGCAAUGUCUAAUGGAAUGCGAUAUUGAAGGCGCCUCCGAGAAUAGCGCAGAAGCCGAGAAGCUUCAAUCUUGGUUCAUGCGUCUCCGUCAAAUUUGUUGUCAUCCACAAAUUGGUUCACGAAACAAAGACUCGCUUGGGAGGACAAAUCUUAAAACAAUCGAUGAGGUGCUGGAUGUCAUGAUUCAGCAAAAUAAUGCGCAGCUUUACAUGAAAGAGAGAGCCCUCUUUGCUACCAAGCUCAAGCGAGCUAUCCUCAGCGCUAGUCUAAAUAAAGAUGUCACAGAAAUGGAGCUCUUCACGCAGCUUGAAGCAGAAGCGAAUCGUCAGGUGGAGGUUUGGAAACUAAAAUAUGAGGAGCAGGUAACUAAGAACCAAGAACGCAAAUCUGCGCUUAUGAAUGGAAAAGGCAAAGGAUUGAAGCGUGAAAGCGAAGAAAUCGAAGCAGAAGAAAUCUUUUUAGAUAUCUUGGAUAAGGCAAAAUCAUCUGCUGGCGAUGCAUUUGGAACAGCAAUUAUACGUCAUAGGGACUGGCAAGAGUUAUAUCAUAAAGUGCUAUUCUUCAUCGCCGGAUUUUACCAUGAACUGGAAAUCGAGACGAAGGAGACUGAAUACUAUGAACGAGCAGAAGAUGUGCGCCAACGUAUUCUAGGGCUUCAAGAACAAUCAUUUAACAAACGAAAAACAUCGGUAAUGACUGGUGUGGAAAGUAUACCUCUGGAUGCAAGUUGGGAAGUCGCGGCAUCUGAAUUCACUGGAGGCAUUAUCAUGCGGCGGUUCCUUGAGCAGUUAGAAUUAGUGACAACAAAGCUGAACCAACAGCUGAGAAUUUUAAUACAAUGGAGGAAUGACUUGGUCAGCCGAUUAACGCAACCGCUGAUGCAGGACGGAGAGGAAGGAGAGCAAUACCAACACUCUAUCGAUCUGCAACACACCUUGGAAUCCUAUUUGCAUCAUUAUGAACGUAUGCUAUUUCUCAGGAGAGACCUGCUUUUGGGUUCACAGGAAGUAAUGGCUCAUCAUGUGAAAGCAAUUGAAAAGCAAAGAGAACAUGUGGAGAUGGCAAAGCGACGCGAUAACAGGGUCCGCUUGUUCAAAAGGAAAUCUGGCACUAACGAGGAACCAAAAAAGGAUGAGGAUUUAGAUAUGCGACUGGGGAAUGAGAUGAAUGCCCUGAUUACGCCUGAUUUGGUGCUGACUUUGCGAAGCGUUCGUGCCAAUAUCAAAUCUGUGGCAAGCGACAUUACGAGACCACAAAUCGAGCGAGAAAUGGCAGAGAUAGAGGAUUUACGCUUAAAAAAUGAAGAGAGUCGGCAGAUCAAAUUAGUACUUAAUCUGGAGAGGGAAAUCACCGAAUUCCGGGCAUUGACCGCGCUACGAACAGCAUACUACCGCCAACUUCAAACGAUCUCGGACUCGGUCCGAGACCUCGAGCCAUCUGAUUUAGAAACCGAUAUUGCUGACUGUCUCGACGAAGAAAAAGAGCUGCAAACAGACAUUAUCCGGGUGAUUUCGAAACAGCGUUAUCUGGACCAUCUGGCUCAUAUGAAUAAGAAGGAAAGACACACUGAAUCUCAGAGGCUCUGCUUGAUUUGUCGCAGCGAAUACAGUCUUGGAUUGAUUACAGAAUGUGGACAUGUGUUUUGUGAGUAUUGCCUGGUAGAAUGGACUAAGAAUCACUUCAAGUGCCCAUCUUGUAACAGCCAAAUUUCAAGGAGGAAGCUCGCCCGAGUUACGAUGAAUGGAGCCACGCCUAUUGAUGUGAAUCUCGAUAUCGAGGCAGAGGCAAAUGCUUCCGAAGGUUCGAACCCUAAUUCACUUCAUGAAAAUCUGCCUCGUGCCUCACAAUUACAAAUAGUCCCAGAUGCGAUUAGACACCUAUCGGUCGAGGAUGGGUAUGGUAGUAAGAUUGACAGUAUAGUACGUCAUAUCGCAUACUUGGUACGUGAAGAUCCAGGGACCAAGUGCCUCGUCUUUUCGCAAUGGAAGAAUCUUCUCGACAUUAUUGGCGAGAGCUUGGAUAGGAAUCGUAUCGGCUAUGUCAGAUUGGAUGGCCCAUCAAUGAAGACUGCUGUCAAACAAUUUAAAGAAUCUAUGGAUAACCAUGUCUUCAUGCUCCAUGCAAAGUCACAAUCUGCUGGUUUGACCUUAUUAUCAGCAACGCAUGUUUUUAUCUGUGAGCCACUGGUAAACCCUGUCCUUCAAGCGCAGGCUGUAAGUCGUGUUCAUCGGAUCGGCCAAUUGAAGGAGUCGAGGUUCCAUGCUUUGACCUAUUUGAGCACAAACAUGCUGGCACGUCAGGAGCAUCUACAUCUAAUCAAUUAAACGACCAAAAUUAUCUACAUCCAGACUCAGAUAUCGCCAAGACAUCCUCUGAGUUGGCUAGAGCUCAAAAUAAGAAUGGUGAAUUGGUCAAGCUAGAGGAUUUAAAGUAUUGUUUACGUGUACAAAAACAGAUGCAUUUUUAAGACGGUCUGAAAGUUUUUUUUUCCCCAUCUAUCAUUGAUUAGUGACUAGAAAUGCUAUUUUUACUCUAAAAUACCAAAUUAGUGGAAAUUGAAUUGCUACAAAAUGGUGAUGAUUAAAGUGUCCU